AUUUCCUGUCGCGCAUGCGCGAAGUCGACUUUAAUGCUGUUGACAAAUAUUGUGGGAGGAUCCAAACCUCGGUGCUCGUGAACGUUCCCCACAGCGUGGGUGUGCCAGCGAGUAAAGGCGGGCUCCUCGUCCAGGACUAUCGACAGAAAUGAAGAAUCAACAAAAAAGCCCUGAUCCAGAUGGUAGUAUUACUGUCAAUGAGGAAGGUUCAGUGGCCACUGCAGAGGACCCAGCAGCAAUUGCAGCCAUUCAGUCUGCCUCAACAUUCACAGAUCAACCCAUCAAAUACUUAUUUAAGACAGAAGGAGGAGGUGGACAGGUGACUUACAGAGUUAUUCAGGUGUCGGACGGACAAUUAGAAGGUCAGACAGAUGGAGCUGCAGCAGUGAGUCUGGUCACUGGUUUUCCUGCAACUACUCAGGCUGUCACGCAGGCUGUGUUCUCCCAGUCAGAAGGGCUCGAGGGAGAUAGCAGCACUGAGACACAGUACACGUACUAUCCUGCUACCAUUGCUGAUGCCACAACAGGAACCAUGGUGACCACAGUGCAAGCAUCUGACACGUUGCUCAGCCAGACCACACCCACAGGGCAACUCUAUGUGAUGAUGUCACCCCAGGAGGUUUUGACAGGAUCCAGUCAAAGGACAAUCGCACCUCGAACUCAACCAUACAUAGCAAAACAAGAGGCUCCUCGGGGUUCCAGGGAUGAGAAACGACGUGCGCAGCACAACGAAGUUGAACGCAGACGUCGGGACAAAAUCAAUAACUGGAUUGUGCAGCUGUCAAAGACAAUACCAGAUUGUAACAUAGAUUAUACCAAGACGGGACAGAGUAAGGGGGGGAUUUUGUCCAAAGCGUGUGACUACAUCAAGGAACUUCGACAGAGCAACCUUAAAUUGGGGGAAGAUCUCAGCACACUAGAUCGACUUAGGAUUGAUAAUCAGCUUCUCCGACAGGAGGUAGAAGACUGGAAAUCCAAGAAUCAGAUCCUGAGGAAUGUGUUACGUCAGCAUGGCAUUGUAGGAUCAUCAAGCACGGACCCACAGUGAAACGCCUUUUUGGAAUACUUUUCUUUGAAAACAUCCGCACACAGGGCAAAACAGUACUUGAAAUGCUUUGACUGAGACCUGUGAGACUUGUCAAGCAUGCAUGAUAUGUAGAGAAAUAACGGAAUAUUGUGCAAAAUAUUCAACGCAGUGUCAGAAACCUACACCUUAUAAUAUUUCUAAGGUUUAAAAACUACUUAUUUUAAGCCAAUCACAAUUGGAUUGCAUUUGUAAGAGGAAAAAAAUGUUCUUCGAAUACCUCGCUCUUCCAGAUGUUAUCUCAACAGUCAGUGUAGAAAACUCUGACAUGAGCAACUAAUGCUACGUCUUACAUUAUGUUCCUUGAGGUCACAGCAAUCGCACUUCAAACGGAGACGAAUGUGGCACAACAUUGUCUUUUUGGUGGCUUUCUCUGUUAGGCAAAAGCCAUUGUAGACAUGUAAUGCACUUAAAAGGUGAUUUGUCCCCUUCAACUUUUUUACUUAUCACUCAAAUCGGUUGCACAUACUGUAUAUGUUAUAAUGAGACAGGAAAAUUCAUUUCUAGUUUUAGUGCUCCAAAGCAUCCUGAUUGCCACGAUUCCUAUCUAGAAAGUUUUAGCAGAAUGGGAAAGAAUGUGUCAUACCUUGCUUGAUUAAAAUUUCAGUAAUGUGAGGGAGCCCAUCAGAACGUGACUGGCUGGAAAGCAUCUGUGGUAGACGGUACAUCUUUUAGACUCUUGGCUCUUUUUUUGUUCCGCGCUCCAAGCAACAAAGAGCUAUUAUAGACUGGCUAUUUGUAAUUUGGUGAACACCCACAAGCAGGUGUAUUUGAAAGCGGGAGGUUUGAACUGCUGUGGGCCUGAAACAAUUGCCGCCAAUCACAGCUGCACCAUGUAUUCCCUUUUUAAAGGUAGCUAACUCACAUUUUUCAUGGAAACAAGUCUGCAGAAAGGUCGUCUGGAGAUCACUGCUUUUGACUUGGAUAUGUCUGCAAAGCUCUUGUAAAUUAUGUACCCCAGCUCCCAAUUCUCAAGCCAGGGCUUAGUUAAUGUUUUGCCCAAAUGCAAAAUGUAUUUGUUUUUGGGGUUUUUUUCGUGCAAAGCGAACAGUGCAAUUCACUAUUUAAGAAAAAAAAUUUUUUAAUCAAUCUGUCCUCAUUCGUAUGUCGAUAUAAAUGGGAUGUCUGAUGUGAAUACAGUAUAGACACUGAGGUCGCGCUCAUAUGUCCUAUGUGUCAUUGACGUUCGUUCACCAAAACAGACUAACACUAGCACUAAUAGCAAGGUGGGAUGGAAAAAUACAAAUACAAAGAAAUCCGUGUCAAAAACAAUAGACUUUGGAAUUUAUGCUCCCAUCCCUGGAACAAACUCAGCAGCUGCCUCAGUCUAAAACAAGCUCUUUUGGAAGACCUCAGUCUGUUGAAGCAGCACACAAUUCUUGAAAUUGCCACAAGUUCAUCCGUACUUAGACCUACCUACGGUCCAUAUUUACUUCUGUCGACCGAUUGUGCUACAUCAUGUCAUUCUGUGCGCUGGAAUAUAGAUUUAGCAUUGUGUUGCUAAAACAUUAACAGAUCAGAUUUAACUGAAAAUGGGAAUUGAGCAUUAUGCCAAGCAGUGUGAGGGGAGCCUUAUUAGACAAGUGCAAGGCAAAUCUAACAACCGCCACCCGCAGCCAAGCAAACCCAAAUGGCUUUUGAGGUAAAGAUUGAUGACCUCCACCUUUAGGCCAACUUUUUGCAACCAAAUUGUAUAUCUUGAAGGACACAUCCUCGCUACAUAGGAACGCUCAAUUAAACACAGAGCAAAAUCCCAAACAGGUGCAGCGAAUCUUAUACAAAAAUCAAGAUGAAUAGAUUUUUUAACACAGUGCAGCAGUCUAACCUUGAACCCCUGAGACUCAAAUGCUUUUACUCACAGCCUGUCACAAAAACAUUGGUACUGGCUGUGAGGAAACUUUGUAAGACUGAAAAAAAACAGGCAGAAAAUGUUCAAAAUCCCGUGGAAACCAUGGAUGCUGGGAACACAGUUUAAACGUAGCCCAACUACUUAUUAUCCAAGUUUUAUUUAUAUGCUCACAAUGUUGUCUCCAAAUAAUGUAUUUUUGCAUCAUUUAUUUACAUUGCUUUGCAACACCCUUCUGAGUUUAUAUUUUGUAUUAUUAUUUUCCCAUGCUGUUUUAUUAGCCUCACCUUGGAUUGUAAUUACAUUGUAACAAUGUAACAAAAUACAUGCAACUGAGGACAGUUAAGUCUUGAUAAUGUUAGUAGACGACAAUAAAUGUAUGUCACGUUACCUUUGUAUAUUAAAUUUGCUUUGUAAAUUAAAUCAACAUAGAGUACUGUAUUUUGAAAGGCCGUUUUAUUUUGUAGUUUGUGUAUGGAGGUAGAUUUGUGUCUUAUUCAAUCAAAAAAAAAGUUGCUUCCAUCAAAAUAUAUAUAUUCAAUCAAAAAAGUCACUUCAAUCAUAAAAAAAAUGUGUUUGCAAAAAUAAAUUUGAGACUUAAAAAAGCAUUUGAUAACUUUUUCUUUGAAUUAUUUAAGUGUUUUUUUUAAAUUUAUUUAAACUUUUUUGAUUGAAGUACUGUUAAAAAAAGUGACUUCAAAACUUUUUCAAUAAAAAAAAGUUUAAAAUAAAAACUUUUUUUUUUUUUUUUUUAAAUAUUUUUAGGGGACGGCAAUUUUAUUUUUGCAUAUGAAUUUUUUUGAGUGAAAAUAUUUUUGAUUGAACCAACUUUUUGGGGAUUAAAUGAUUUAGACACAAAUGUCAUAUCCAUAAUAUGGGCCAAACACAAAAAGGAUUGUGUCAUUCAAAGAAAACAUUUUCAUUGAAAACCUUAAGUGUUCAAAUACAUUUGUUUUAGUCUCAAAUAUUUUUUAUCAUUCAAAAACUUUUUUCUAUGAUUGAAAAGUUUCAUUGAAGUGAUUCUUCUGUUCAAAAUAUUUUUUUUUGUUUGAAGCAACUUAUUUUUUGAUUGAAUAAUAAAGACACAAAUCUCCCAAAAUGUAGCCCAAAUGCAUAACAUUACUUCAAUCAAAAAAAUAGUUUUUGAUUAAAAAAACUUCACUUAAAUAAAAAUAAAAAAUA